GAUAAUCUGUAUUUGGGGUAAAUCCUGAGAUCCUGACUGAUAGGACAAGAGUAGUCUGAGCUCUGGAUCUAUGACGUCAUCUACCAGAUUAUAGCUUUAUACUGACAUUACUGCUGCCUGUAAUUGACUAUAGUGGUAAUAUAAAGGGGGAACAUGAUUUGUCCUGAAACAUGGAGGAGCUGCCUUCACUGUGUAUUCAACAUGUACACUUUAUUAUCUCCUCUGAUGUCUUCUCUUAUUAUCUCCAGUAAUUGCACUCUACAUGGGAUUUUGUAGGAUUUUACAUUGUCUUAUCUUCAGGUUCCUACAAUACAGGAUCCGCUCAGUGGAGAUCUUCUAUAUAAGAUCCUUCUCCUAACUGACCCGUCAAGAAUGGAUAGGAACAGGGACAAGAUGCCGGAGAGUAUAAUAAAUCUCACCCUAGAGAUCCUCUUCCGGCUUACUGGAGAGGACUACACAAUAGUGAAGAAGACCUCUAGGGAGCGCUGUCAGGCCCCUAUGUCUAAAGGUUGGAUAAGAACCCUGAGCCCAAUCAUAGGGCCUCCACCUCACCCCCUGAUGCAUGAGGAAAUCAAUAGAAAGAAGAUCCUAGAACUCACCAACAAGAUGAUUGAGCUGCUGACUGGAGAGGUUCCUAUAAGGUGUCAGGAUGUCACCAUCUAUUUCUCCAUGGAGGAGUGGGAGUAUUUAGAAGGGCACAAGGAUCUGUACAAGGACGUCAUGAUGGACGAUCACCAGUCCCUCACACCACCAGUUAAGGAAGAGAUAAAAACACCAGAGAGAUGUCCCAGUCCUCUUCUUCCACGGGAUGGUUCAGAAGAACAUCACAAUGUCCCACAGGAUGAUCAGCUUGUGAAUCUGGGUGAAGAUCUGAACAUUAUAUAUGUUACAGAGACAGAUCUGAUGGGUGAUGAGCAGAGUACAGAGGACAUUCCUACAGAUAACCGCCCAGAUGACUGGACCGGGAGCUUAGAGGAACAUCUGAUAUUUCCACACUUUAAAGCAGAUGAUCAUGGAAUCAAACAGGAUACAUGUGAAGAGCAUCUUGUUAUCUCAGAUGUACCCGCAGCCUUUCACAAAGAUCUAUCAUCUGAUCCUCUGGAUCAGUUCCAAUCUUAUGAUUCAUCACAGACUAGUAUUCAAAAUAAAAGUCACAUAAGUAGUGAACAUCAAAUAACUCACACAGAAGAGAAGGGUUUUUCAUACUCACAAUUUGGUAAAUAUCAUAGUGUUAAAUCAUCUAUUGUUACGCAUCAGAGAACUCACACAGGGGAGAAGCCAUAUUCAUGCUCAGAAUGUGGAAGAAGUUUUAACCAUAAAUCAAAUCUAGUUAAACAUGAGAGAAUUCACACAGGGGAGAAGCCAUUUUCCUGUUCAGAAUGUGGGAAAUGUUUUAACCGUAAAUCAAACCUUCUAAAACAUCAUAGAAUUCACACAGGGGAAAAGCCAUUUUCAUGUACAGAAUGUGGAAAAUGUUUUACAGAUAAAUCAUAUCUUGCUAUACAUCGAAGAAUUCAUACAGGGGAGAGGCCAUUUUCUUGUUCAGAAUGUGGGAAAUGUUUUAUAGAUAAAGCACAUCUUGUUAAACAUGAGAAAAUUCACACAGGGCAGAAGCCAUUUUCAUGUUCAGAAUGCAUAAAAGAUUUUAACCGUAAAUCAAAUCUUGUUAAACAUCAGAUAAUUCACUCAGGAGAGAAGCCAUUUUCAUGCUCAGAAUGUGAAAAACUUUUUUACCGUAAAUCAGAUCUUCUUAUACAUGAGAGAAUUCACACGGGGGCAAAGCCAUUUUCAUGUUCAGAAUGUGAAAAGUGUUUUAACCGUAAAUCACAUCUUGUUAUACAUGAGAGACUUCACACAGGGGAUAAGCCAUAUUCAUGUUCAGAAUGUGGCAAAUAUUUCAACGACAAAUCAGUUCUUGUUAAGCAUCAGAGAAUUCACACAGGAGAGAAACCAUUUUCAUGCUCUGAAUGUGAGAAAUGUUUUUCAGAUAAAUCACAUCUUGUAAAACAUGAGAGAAUUCACACAGGGGAGAAGCCCUAUUUCUGUUCAGAAUGUGGGAAAUCUUUCAAACAAAGAGAAAGUCUUGUUAUACAUCACAGAAGUCACACAGAGCAGAAACCUUUUUAAUGUUCAAAAUGUGGGAAAUGUUAUAGAAUUAAGUCUUACCACACAUCAGAAAAUUCACACUGGGCAAAGCCAUUUUCAUGUUCAGAAUGUCAGCUAUAAUUUCACAUCAAAGAAAUUACACAGUAAAAAUAUUUUAAUGUUAACAAUGUGGGAAAUAUUUUAUCCACACAUCAUAUCUUCUUAAACUGUAAAGGGAGUCUGUCACCAUGAAAUUCACUGGUAAACCAGGCACAAUGACUUGUAUUGAUAUUGUUCACUUAAGAUUUCGUUGCUUCAUUCUGGAGAAAAAGUACUUAUGAUCCAUAUGCAGAUGAGAGUUAAGUGCACCAAAGGCAGGCCCAAACCACUCUACGCACUUUUGCUUCUCCUGUCAGCCUGUCUCUCUCCUUGAUAGACAAAGCCAAGCAAGAUGACGACACAGGAAACUGCCCUUUAAUUCAAGUGGAGGGACUGGUAAAUAAAGUAGGAGGAGCAAGAAUGCACAGAUUUGUUUGUCUUGCCCUCAUUGCACUUAACUGCUCAUUUGCAUAUGGAUUAAAAGUAUUUCUGUAGACUGAAGCAAUCGAUUGCUAUGUGAAAUUACAUUCAGCUGAGCUAUCACUGCAAGGCAGUAUGUCUGGAGUGAAAAGUAACCAUUUUUUAAUAUUUAUUUAUUUUAAUUCAACAAAUAAUAUAAGAAAAGUUAAGAGCAAAAAAUGUCUGGUAAGGUUUCCUGUGCACGAUGUGGCCCUGGCAUUGGGAUCUCCAUGCAGCUCACCGCUAAUUGCCGGGACACCCCUGUAAUUGUUGGCCGGCUCCUCUACAUGCUGAUUGUUUCUAAUACCCUGUACAAGCACUGCCUGGCAGUUAGCAGUGAGCCGCAUGUAGAUUCCACUGCCAAGGCUGCAUCUUGAACGGGCAGCCUAAGAAAUGCAUGAAAUUACCAAUAAAUGUCUAUCUAUACAGCAGAUAAUCCAGAUAACAUCUAUCCACCACGCGCAGAGAAUAUUUCCCAGUGAAGGCAAUGUGUCAUCGGGUAUAGCUGUCUUAUCUGAGAGGCUGUGCAGGGUCACUUACUUUGUUUCCUUCAGUAGUUUUCUUAAAAUCGCUGCUGAACAGCUGGAGCGGGACCUGAGCUCUACAGUCCACUAAAUAUAAUGCAUGAGCUCUCAGCUCCUGACUACUGCACAAAACAAAGUAAGUGACCCUGCACUGUAAUCCGGGAACCGUCACCAGUUCAUGAUUCCCUCUUUAUAUUGUGUCUUCGUGUAUAUUGUACCAGUCGUUAAUAAA